AUGAAGACCAGGCCGCGGCAGCCAAUCGGAGUGCGCGGAGCGCGGGGUGUGGGCGGUGAUCUCCCUUCGGCCGCCCGCGCGCGCGCUGAGGCGCGGGAACCGCUCCCGGUAACUACCGGUGGGGCCGGGCCGCGACAGAGCGCGACAUGCCGCGAUAUAGUGCGAUAUGGCGCGACAGGGCGCGACGAGGACCAUCGGCCUGUGCCGUGGCGGCGGGGGGAGAGGGAUGGGCCCCGUUGGGCCCGACCCGGCUCCCGUUGGGGCGCCCCAGCCCCACCUGGGGGGGGGACAGGACCCGGUGGGGACACCGGGGGAGGCCUGAGGUGGCAGGUCCGAGCACUCUGCCUCGGCCGCUUCCCGAUGGAGGCCGCAGCAGGUGUCAGGAGGUACGAAACAAGAAACAAGACGGCCGGGACGGAGCUGUCAGCCAAAUCCCGCGUGGACUGGAGGCGCACCAAGAGGGAGCGCCUGCUGUUUGACAGCGAUGACGAAUCCUCGCUUACCUCCGAGGAGGAAGAGUCCACGGAAUCCACCGUGUCAGAGGAUGGAGUGGGCGAAAAAGAUGAAACUGUUCUGAAGAAUGGCUUUUCGGAUCAGGAAGAGAAAAUCCACAGCGGGGAAAUAACAGAUGAUGAAUGCGUUGUGCCUGGGAAGCGUAAGAGGUUGAACAGCUCGGUACUGCACGACAGCGAUGAAAGCGAGGACAGUGAUAUCCUUGUUAGGAAAGUUUUUGCCAAACGCCACUGUAUAAUUAAUGAAGAUGAGAGUUCCCAAGAACAGCAGCCUGAUAAAACCUGCCCUACGGAAAAUGUUUCUACUAGCAGGAAACAGAAAGUGGUGGCAAAAUUGAAUGCUCUUGCAAGACAAAGAGCAUCUCGGACAUCUUCUGCAAGUGAAAAUUGGGAGGAUACCAGUAGUGAAACAGAAAUAGAAGAGGAACCAUUCUGUAACCUCACACCAACAGAAGAAAGCAAAACUGACAGUGACAGCCUGAAAGACUUUAUAGUUGAUGAUGAGGAAGAAGAAGGUGAUGAUGACGACACAGAGCAAGUAAAGACUGAAAAAAGGCAACAAAAAGAUAUAAAUACAUCAAAUAGCGAAUUGCUGGCAUACUACAUCCCACAGUUAUCUCGCUGUAGUCCUUAUGUACACUUCAAAAGAAUAGUAAAGGCCUUUCUCAUAAAUGCAAUUGAUGACACUUUCCUGAACUCAUUGUAUGAUGGAACAAGGCAAAAGAAGUAUGCACAAGACAUGUUGCUCUCCCUUCAUUAUUUGGAUGACCGUUUUGUUCAGCCUCGUCUUGACAACUUAAUCUCCAGAAGUCGUUGGAAAGAUCGGUACAAGGAGCGUGUGGAUUGUUACCCAAAUGUUCGCAUCGUCUUGAAAAAUCCAACAAAUAAGUUCUGUCAUGCCUGUGGAUUGAAUCGGUAUUGUAAGUUUAAUGUGCUACUAUCUGGAAAGCUUUAUGAUAGCAGAACCUUGGAAGCAGAUGAAUUCAUGUCAGAUGACAAACAGGUUUUGAAGGUUGGCGUAGUGUGUGCAAAUCGUACAAGAGUUUACCAUAAUUUGAAGCACUUCAAAUACAAGUUGUAUGUGGACUGCAGCUCCAUUACCAAGUUGGAUGGUGUUGAGGAUGAACCAGUUAAAGACACGGUCGAACGGCUGUUCAGUCACCUGGAAGACACAGGGUGGAUUCAGGAGAGAUACAACGAUCUUGAAAACUACGUGAAUGAUGCAGAUGAUUUCCAAGAAGAAAAAAUGGAUUAAGUGGUCAUAUAGCUCUUUGAAAGACGUCUUGUAAAGAACUGAAUGACCUAUUUUAUCUGCGUGCACUUUAUCUCUGCCUGGUCUUCAGUAUUCCUUUUAGGCUGUAUUAUGCUUAAAUCCACGUGUCUGUAAACCACUGUGUAAGAAUGUGCUGUAUCUUCUUUUCAUCUGUGUAAAUAAUAACCCGAAGUUUUACCAAAUGGGUCUUCCCAGUCUUACUGCACAGGUCACUCUAAGUUUCCUCUUAUUCUUAAGCAAAGAGAUACCAAGAUGUUA